GCGCUGACACUCUCGGUGUCUGUCUCGUCCUGCAAAUCGUCUCUACAGCUUGGGUACAGCGAGGGCCUCUGAAAUGUCCAAGACUCUCAUCGAUUUGACGGCGGGCACAGCCGGGGGCGUCGCACAGGUGCUAGUGGGCCAGCCGUUCGACAUUGUCAAAGUGCGCAUGCAGACGGCGCCGCAAGGCACCUACAGCGGCAUGCUGCACUGUGCUGGGGGUAUCCUGAAGAACGAGGGUCCGCUCGCUUUCUACAAGGGCACCCUCACGCCCCUGUUGGGCAUCGGCGUCUGCGUGUCGAUCCAGUUCGGUGCAUUGGAGUGGACAAAACGCUUUUUCGCACGGCGCAACAUCGAAAGUGGUGUCGGUGGACCGGAUGGGCUUGGCCUGAACAGCGGCCAGCUCUUCACAGCCGGUGUGUUCGCAGGCGUUGCAAACGGCGUCGUGUCAGGCCCGGUCGAGCAUAUCCGUAUACGUCUGCAGACCCAGUCCGCGACGAAUCCGACGUACGCGGGGCCCUUCGACGCCAUCAGAAAGAUCUACUCCCAGCACGGUGUUGCAGGCAUCUACAAGGGCCAGGUCGUCACGCUCUGGCGCGAGGCGCUCGGUUACGGCGUGUAUUUCCUCGCCUACGAAAAGCUCAUGCAGCGCGAGAUGGCGCGCAAGGGCAUCCGGCGGGACCAGGUCAAUCCCGCUAACGCCGUUCUCUUCGGCGCGGCCGCCGGCUAUGCGCUGUGGGCAAUAAUAUACCCGAUAGACAUGAUCAAGUCUCGCAUUCAGACGGACGGUUUCUCGCGUGCGGACGGCCAAAAGUACAAGUCUACCCUGGACUGUGUACGCACGGUGUGGCGGACAGAGGGGAUAGGUGCCUUCACGAGGGGGUUGACUCCUACUCUCAUUCGGUCGCCGUUCGCGAAUGGCGCGACCUUCCUUGGGUUUGAAAUGGCGAUGCGCUUGCUCAGUUCUUGA